AUGAUAGUAGACCAUGAAUGGUCUACUGUUCUAUUUAAAUGUAAGAUAAAAUUGCAUAUUAUUUUGUGUUUAUUAUACUUAUUAAAUACAUCAAAUAGGUGAUGGAAGUGAUUAUCUUGGAAUAUCUUCUCAAAAUACAGCACAACAGAAACAACAGCAGCCAAAAGAUUCAGAGCAAACUAAGGUUCUUGAUGGCUUACAAAAACUACCUGAAGGUAAGGAAAAUAAUUGACAAAUAAAAAUAAUUUAAUUUAAUAAGAUUAAGUUUCUGUGUCAGCCAAAUCUCUAUGGUUUAUAAAGAAAUACAAAUGUUAACAUAGGUGGAUAGAUGUGGAUUUAAUAAUACUUUAGCAUUGUUCAAUUUCUCUUUGGCACAUAUACAGAAUAUAGGUGCUACAUUUAAAAAAAACAAUCUUACUUUACUUUGCAUUAGUUGAGGAAAUGUGAUACUACUGCAAUUCAAAUCACAAUAUUGAAUUUAUUUAUUAAACAUACUAAAAAAAAGUAUUCAUUUAAACAUAAUUAUAUUGUAGGUGAAGAAGCGGUUUCUUCAAAACCAAUAAUCCUGGAUCAAUUUCAAAUGGAACCAAGUAUUUAAAACUUUUUUUUUUUUGUUUUUGAAAAUUAAAAAAUUCAGAUUUCUUUAUUUAAGCAAUUGAUGUAAUUUUAAGUUGCUAACAAAUAAAUUGAUCAACAAAUAGACAUUUUAAAAGCCAGAUUAGUUAUUCCAGUUACAAUUCCAGGAAUUGUUGGUAAGUUAAGACGUCAAACUGAAAUUCAAACUGAAUUAGAAGUGAACUAUUUUACUCUGAACUUUGAGGAAUUAUUCAAAAAAACGGUUUAUCAUAUUGAUUGUAAAUUUACUCCAGAAAUUCCCAAGCGACUUCUUAGGUAACUUGAUAGGUGUUUAGUAUAACUUUUUAUUUUUAUUUAUUAAUUUCUUUUUGAUUAAAACAUAUUAUAAUAAAUCAUUUGAUCUAAUUAUUUGUACUUAUUUAUAGAACUGCAUUGAAAGAAUUUGUUGAUAAACAUUAUUGUGGCAUAUAUUAUGCAUUUGAUGGAAUAAGAAAUAUGUAUACUACUACAGAAUUGACAGGGGUAAUAAACAUAUUUAUUGUAUUAAUAUUACUAUUUUUUAUUCUACGAAUAUAAUCUUACUUUGAAUAAUCUUAAUUGAUAACUUAUUGUCAAUGUUUUGUACAAUAAAAAUAGGUAUUUACAUUAUCUUUAACUAUAUUAUUUCUAGUUUCAUUUAUGAAAUACAUUUGAUUUAUUCAUUCACCAAUUUUUAUUAACUAAUUAUUAUUUACAGAGAAGUGACAUGAUAACUGUUCUGAACAAUGAAACUGGUAAAUCUAUAAGCUUCACCAUAGUCACAUCAAUUCAUAAUCAAAUAAAUAUGGGUGUGAUUAAAGAAUAUCUUAAAAAUGGAUCAUCUUUUUGUCCUCCUUGUGAAGCUCCUCUAGCAUUGGAUAUUAUUUUGAAAACAUUUUCAUUAAGGUUAGUAAAUUCUAAAUAUUGUCAUUAUAUACUAUGUAGUAUACAAUCUGAAAAUAUGAAUUUUUGUUAAAUAGAAAUUUUAAAAUUAAAUUUUCUUAUUAUACAUAGUUUCCCACUAAGAUAUCCUCAUUAUGAUAUUUUCUGAAAUAAUUUCAAUUACUUAAUGAUUUUUAAACACUUUUUAAUUCAGAAAAAUAUACUGUAUAACUAAUUAGUUUUAUCUUAUCUAAUUCCUAAUCAUGCAGCUAUGUAAUCUCAUUUGUUUACUUCCUAAAGUGACUAUAAUUAGUAUUGCUGAAGUCUAAUUGGCUCAACACUAAUUUUAUAUGAACUAAAAAUUUUUUUUUUAAAAAUCAUGAAAUUAAUUACAAUAAUAAGAAGAAUAAAAUCUAUAAAACUAUAAAAGAACUUCGAUAAAAUCUACAAAUCUUUUGAAAAUAAUAAAAUAAUUGUUGUAUUUUUAAAUUUUCACUUAAACAUACAAAUUUAAUUAAUAUAUAACUAUUUAUAAUCCUUGUCCCUGUAAAUAAAAAAAAAAAACAAUUUGAUAGUCUUCAUCUUGGUAAUAUCUUUGUGGGACAUUGUAUACAACUGCUAGAUCAAUAGCACCACGCGAUCUUUGUAGCUUUAUCGCACAUCAUCAUAAUAUGUUGAUUAAAUCCUAAUCUAAAGUUGAGCUCGACGCCCAAAUAUAUCGUGUGGCCCUUGAGCUCUAGAAUCUCGUCGAAGAGCACAAAUUGCGGCCGACUAUGAAGCUUUUUUUAAACAUCAGCAUCAUCACAAUUGUCUUGUUGACAGAAAUCCUAAGGUUAUUCUAUCCAUUCAACAUACCAUGCCAAUCGAGAUGUUUAUCGCAUCCUCUAGCAAUUCAACCGUCUUCCGUAUACCAACGAGCGCCACGUCAUCUGCUACCAUCUCAGUACCUUGGGAAGCUGCAGUUAAAGAAGGCCGUCGUAAAAAACGUUACAAAAGAGAGGGUCAAGGACCUAUCCUAAUUGUGACGCUAAUGUUCCCAGCGUUCGUGCGGAGGGUCCUAUUCUGAAAAUAGCUCCUAAGUAGACGCAUUAAGUAUGGUGGUAUGUUUUUCCACACCAACGUUUUCCCAAUCUUAUGCCAGGGUGUUAAAUUGAACGUGUUGACCACGUCAACCGAAACCAAUGCGCAUAGCGCCUUACGCCACCAAGGGUUACCCUUAUUCUAGUUUACCACCAUAAGCACUCUUUCGAUCGUAUCUAUAGUAGACCGGCUCCUGCGGAAGCUGUAUUGGUUAUUGCAAGUCUCUCCGGGAUCCGAACAAUAUGAGUUGAUAGAUGACGCUUAAUGACCCGUUCAAACAUAUUUCUGGUUGUUCAAACUCAGCGGCCAGUAGGACGAUGGAAGUUUCAAAGGUUUCCCUAUCUUCCUAAUUAGGACUAAGUCCGGCUUCCUUCCAGCUGAGCGGAAAUUAACCGUAGCAAAGGCAACUGUUGAAGAUGCCUGCAACCUCAGUCGGUCUUUUCAAGCUAACAGCCCUAACUACUGUGUCUGGUACUCUGUUAGGCCCAGGUGCCUUGCCCAAAGGCUUGCCUUGGCCAGUGCUGGGUUCGCUGGGUCACUCCGUAUGAACGGUUGUUUUGGCACGCUCUGUGUAUCGCUCGCGGUAAUAUUGUAAUAUUCCCAUUAUUAUUACUAUUACUACUAUAACUACUACUGACGCAUUCUUAUUCAUCCACUCAAUAUGCUUAACCCACACUUCCACUGGGAUAUAAUACAAUAUGGUAUUUGAAUCGUUACUGUAUUAAGUGAAUACAUUUAGUUGUAGUUUAUCAUAAUAGUAUAAAUAUUAUAUUUUUUUAACAUAAUAUAUAACUAUUAAUUUUAUUAAUUUAAAAAAAUUAAUUAGUUUUAAAAAAAAAAAAAUUUGCUAUCAUUAAUUAAAUUUUUUGUAUUGAAAUUUUAAAAUGGAAACAAUUUGUAUUUCAGGUUUUUUACUGUUGGUAGUUCACUUUUUCCCAUAGAGCGUAUUAGACCAGUUGAUUUGGGCAACAAAACGGAACUCUGGAAAGAAUUUUUCGAAAAUAAUGCUAUAGGUUGGAAACCCUAUUUAACCGUAGAUGGUAAAUAUAACAUAAUACUAUUAAUAAUAAUAUUACUAACUACUAAGAACAAAAUACUAAACAAUUGUAUACGUUUACCUUUAUUAUUCUUUAUGGCUUUAUCGAACGCUUUUGCAAUGGUUGAAUGAUUUGUAAUUUCCAAGACAUCAGAAUAUAACAAAAAUAUUUUUCCUAAAUUUUCCAAUAACGAUAUUUACUACAUAACGGCUUUCAACAUCUGUCGUUUCAUCUACACUAACCCAAUUUUUUUUUAUCGCCUUUAUAGUGUCUAAUAUUUCGUAUUGUAUUUAAAUAGCAUUUUUCAACAUAAUUUUUACGCAAUGUAGACUCGUCUGGGAUUUUAAAUUUUAUAUUUUUUUCUAAAAAUUUCUAAAAUUUGUUUUAUUUAAUUUAGCAAGUGGAAUAUUAGUUGCUAAUAAUUCAGUUUUCGUUGAAUUCCACGAGCAUGCUUAUCUCGUCUGAUGUGUUGUUAAAUUGUAAAUUUCUUUUAGGAGGCAACUGCAACCUUACAAAAUGUACAAAAAAGCAUAAUAACGCCGUAGAAAAAAUAUCGGCACGAAACUCACUCACAAAACUACGUAAACGGCUUCCUACUGUUGACUUAAUUUUUGGCAUUAUUAAGAUUUUUAAAGUUUUAAUAUUAGUCGUAAUAUUAUUUGUUCAGUAUUGUGUACAAUUAAGAUCGGUGUAGGACCAUAUUUUAUUAUUUAAUCAUUGUGGAAUCGUUUAAGAACUUUUUGAAUACUAUUUAUAUUUUUUACCUUUAUUAAUAUAUUUGAUAUGUAUCAUCUAUUCUAUACAUUUUAAUAAAGUAUUUCCUUAGAUUUUCAAAUUAAAACUCUCUAUUUUGAACACAAACCAGAACAGAUAAUAUGUUUCUCUAAAUAUUAAUAUGUAUAACACUAAUUUUUAAUAUUUAUCAUUCACUCUAUCUUUGGUUUUUACUUUGAACUGUUUUACACACGAAUGAUAAAUCUGAUAUUAGUGUAGUGAAACAUAUUUUUCAUUUUCAUUUUUCAUUCUAUGUUCAAUAAGUGGGAUUCCAAUUUAAAAAUUAUAUGGACAUACUUUUUUAAAGUAGAUGAAGUAAUACUAAAACUUAAAAAUACUUUUAAAAUAGUAUAUUGUAGGGUAAUUAUUUACCCUGCCUACAUGUUGGAAAGUUAAGAACUUAGGAGGGGAUUACUUUUUGUCCUAGAAUAGUACUUUUAUAGUUUACAAUAUCCAUGUAUCUGUGUUCUAUAAUAGCAUUAUUAUAACGUGUUAAACAAUAAAAAUAUUAAUAUAUCGACUGUUCAGUAUCAGAAAAUUAGUUUCUAAAAUUAUUUUUAAUUACUCAAUGUAAUGCUUCCAACUGUUGCGUGAAAUCAUGGUCACCCAACUUCUGUCAAUAUAUUGCUUAUCUAAACACCAUAUAAUUUUAUUUCUUAAUUAUUAUUUUUUUUUAAAAUUACUAAUAUACCAGAAAAUUUAGUGUAUUAUAUCAAAAUAAAAAAAAACUUAUGUUACACCUUGACACAUAUUGUCCAUCAAAUUGAUAAAGUAAUUUUAUUUCUUUUUUUUUUUUAAGCUGGAAUGGAAUGCUUACCUUGAUCACAUGCCAUUCUAGUAAAAUAAUCUCAUAGUUUUAUGUAAAAAUACCAGAUAUUAAAAUCAUUCAAUUUAAUUUAAACAUCUUUAACAACAAACUAAUAGUUAUGACAGACUUUUGAAAAUAAAUCCGAUACGCAAUUUUCCAUAAUGGUUAAAUACAAAUUAAAUUGUAUAACAUUUAAUAAUACCUACUAUAUAGUCUACACAUACUAUUAAUUUUAUAUGGAUAUAAAAUUAUAGAAUUUCUUAAUCUUACCCUUUACACAAAUUUUUACUUAGGAUAUUGAUAUUUCAUGAUUUCAUCAAUAUCCUUGUUAUUUUUAUUUUAAAUUCGAAACAAACCAAAAACGAGCAUGUGUGGCCACUGUUGUAGAUGGAUAGUGGAGAUGGUGGGAUGUAUAAAGUUAUUUAACUUAUUUUUGUAACCAUGGUUACAGGUAUCAUAGCGAUAAUGAAAAACGAUUUGGAACCAAGUUUGCUUGUACAAGUUUUGAAAGGCAUGUAAUUUGUUUACGAUUUUUGUCAAAAUUUGAUAUUAAAACUUUUACGGAAAAACUAAAUUUUAUUCAAUUUUUUUUUUAUUUUUUUAACUUCUUAGUACGACUCAUAAUGAACCACAUCCAGAAAAAAUAAAUAUAAAUUUUCUGUUAAAAUUUUAAGUCCAUGAAUAUUUUAAACUGAAUUGCAUUAAAAAAAUAAAAUUUAAAAUAAUGAAAGAAUUAUUUACGUAAAUUGUUCAGUUCUUGCUACAUAUUUUUCGGUUUUGCUCAAUUAUUAAAAAAACUACACAGAAAAUCAAAAACCAAUUAUCUUGGUAACCAACUAGAUUAAACAUUUUGUUGAAUUUUAAAAUCUCCUUAUGUUUAUCAAUUGGAGCUAUAUUUAUGGUAAAAACAAUGUUCGUAAACAUUUAAAAUAUUAAAAUCGUGCAGUAAUUUGGAAAAAAUCGUACAUCCCGCCCUUUUGGAGUUUCCCAAUAAUUAUGAAAAAUACUUAAAAAAUCAAAAACCUAAUAUUUUAGUCAGUGGCUAUAUAUCAAUAAGAACAAAAUCGAUCACUUGUCAUUUUUCGAUUGAAAUAAUAUUUCUGGUAGAAAACAUAAGUUGAACAUAUGAAAAUAAUAAAACCGGGAACCACUACGUUGCCGUAAAUAAUAAUCAAUUUUAAUUUUUUGAUUUUUCCCAAUUAUUAGAAAAACUCUUUUAAAUAUCGAAAAAUGACUUUCUCUUUCAGCGAUAUAUUGUAAUAAAGAAAAUCGAUCACUAGCCAUAUUUUUGGAUUGGGGUAAUAUUUCUAGUAGAAAACAUCGUGUUAACAUUGACGGUGCCGCGGCGCACCAUAAAUAUUUGCCGUUUUACUUAUACUUUCCUUUCGGAUUUUUCCCGAUUACUUUGAUAGCAUUUUUGAAAAUCGAAAAAUGACCUCUCCGAUGCACAAACUAGGGAAAUUACUCUAUACUUCGAAGUAAGUUUUCUAGUAAAAAGGUGUUCACAGGCAGAAAAACUAAAAACGAAAAAGAAAAAUAAAUAAUUUUUCGGAAUUCGAAUUUGAACUCGCGAUCUCUGGAGUUCAUAACAGGUAUAAACCACCAAUAGACAACGAUAAAAAUACUAUGAGAUUGACUUUAUGGAGUUAUUUAUAGAAACACAUAUAAUAUCCGCAUAAUAUCAGAAUUUCAAUAAGUUAUGACUUCGAAAUUAAGUCAGUCAGCUUUAUUCUGAUCUCACUAUCACAUAUUCUUAAAUCGUCAAAAGAUUAAUAUAGUAUAAUAUAAUAUAAUGAAGAAAUAAAAUUGAAAAAUUUACACUACCUAAAAGUAUGAUCACACAAUUUUUUUCUCAAGUUAAUUUCGUAAUUGCAUAAAGCUCAAUUUGUUUUACCACAAAGGAUAACAUUUAAAGAAUCUCUUGUUGAAUUUUCAAGUAUUUCUGUUUAGUCUAAUAAUUGCAUCCACAGAGUACCUACCAAUUACAAAUUAUGUACAAAACUCGCAUAAUUAAAAUGUCUAUAAUUAACUCAAAACUGGAUUAAAUGUUUUAAAAAUUUUACCAUGCCUAAAAUAUGCAAUUUUUUGUUAAAAUUUAGUCUUUGAGAAUAUAGUAUACUAAAUCAUAUACAUAAAAAAAAAAUUAAAAAUAAUAAAAGAUUUAGUUUUGUAAAUUUUCCUGUAGUUUCUGUAAUUUUUUUUUCGGUUUUGAUCAAUUAUUUAAAAAAAAUUACAAAGAAAAUCAAAAAACAACAUUCUGGUUCACCAACUAGAGAUUAUAAAUUCAAUAAAGUAGAUCUCUUGAUGUUUUUCAAUUUGAGCAAUAUUUAUGGUAGAAAAUGUAAGCCGUACAAAUUUAAAAUAAUGAAAUCGUAAAUUUGUCAGUUUUAGUUCGAAAUUUUUUUCUUAAUUUUUUCCUUAUACUAUAUUAAUAAUAAAACUACAAAGAAAAUCAAAAAACAAAUAACUUACUCAUGAACUAGAUUAAAAAUAGAACAAAAAACGUCUUUUGUCAUUUAUUUAUCUUAUUUCGUCCUUUUUGGUAUUUUAUUUUUUUAGAAUACUAUCUUACAUGUAUUUUCUUAUGUUAUGUUUUAUACAAUUUCAUUUUAUUUUUUAGAAACCCACAAAGAAUUUCUCAAGCAUCAACUAUUGACCACUUAUAUUAAAAGGCAAUUAAAGUGUCGUCUUGAUACAGAAUUGGAUUAUAUAUCUCAACAUAGAUUAACAAAAUACAUUAAAGGGUUUAAAGUUGUUUUUCAGAUUCCAAACAAGCCUGAUACUAAACGUAUUUUUAGAGUUCAUGGUUUACUUGAUAGUGCGGCAAAAUUUGAGUAAGUAUUUUAAACUGGUAUUAUUUUAAUGAAUCAAUUAUUCUUAAUAUUAAACUAAACAGAUCAAAAUAACUAUAGGUUUCCAGCUAUUUUACCAGAAUAUUUUUAAAUACUGUUUUAAUUAGCAAAGCCUUAUUCCUAUAGCCUUGUUCAUGAGAUAUAUGUGAUAUACAUAUUAUUUAUAGUAUGAUUGUAACAAUAAUUUAAAAUAUCUAUCAGAUAACUGAUGGCUUCAUCCGAUUAAGGGCAGGGUUAGGUAGUUAAUUUAUGAAAUUAGUCACGGAUCAUUUUUGCAGGUUUAACUAUUAAAAAAAAGAGCUGAUAUUGAGGAUAAGAGUGGCCACUGUUGUAGGUGAGAAAUUGGAAAGGUAGGAUACAUAAGGUUAUUUCAUUUAUAUCUAUAAGCAACGAUAAACCCUUGCUGAUGAAAGACGAUUCGGAUCGCAGUUCAUUAAUACAAAGUUUGAAGUGCCGUAAUUUUGUUUAACCUAACCUUCCUACGUUUUUUCUCGAUAAUAUUGAAAACUAAUUCGAAAAUUAAAAAAAACGAACUGCAUCAUUAAAAACGAAAUUAAUUGUUCAGUAAAAAAAGGUCUUUUAUCUUUUAAGUGCUUUUAUUUAGAAAAUCGCGUCGAAAAUCAGAAAAUGACCUCUUCAAUGUACCAUCUAGACCAGUGGUUCUCAACUGCCGGUUCGCGGACCGACACUGGUCCGCAAUAAAAAUGGAACCGGUCCGUGUUAUAUUGGAACGAUUAAUUAUAGAUUAGGAAAUAUACAUAGACAACAUUUAGUUGCGAAAAAAAUGCCACCAGAUUUGAAUAAAGUAUUGACUGAGACAGUUAAAAUAAUUAAUUUUAUAAAAUGUAAUGCCUUAAAUUCUAAAUUAUUUUCAAUUUUAUGUGAGGAAAUGGGAUCUGAGCAUUCUCAUUUAUUAAUUAGAUUAAACAAGAUUAGAUAAAAUUAUCAAUACAAAACAAGUACAACGCUAUCAUUAAAUAUUGUUCAUUAAUAUAUUUUUUUUUAUAAUUAAUACAACGAUAUUGUUAUAUUUUAUUUAUAUUUAUAUAUGCUUUUAAAUUUUUAUUACAUCUGCAGGCAAAACAAAAAUAAUAAAGCAUAACUUUUUUAUUUUCUGAAUCAAAACCCAAAGUGGUAGUUUUUCUUAAAAGCCAUCUAGGUGGUCCGCGACAGCAAAACGUUGAGAACCACUGAUCUAGACAACUUGAACUUUCAGAAAAGUUGCUAUACGUAAAACUCUGAGCAAGUUUACUAGGAAAAAACGUGUCCAUACACUAGAAAAAAGUGUUACGACCAAAUUGUAGAUCAUUUAACUUUAACAGUAAUUUGAGUAUGUUUACGAUAUCUCAUUGUUAUCAUUAUCAAGAUGAAUAUGGUUCAAUUUCAUAAUAGUUUCAAUUUAAGGGUCUUAAUUUUUAUAUAUUCAGUUUUGUCAUUUAUAAAGCAAUUUUUAAAUUUUUUGGUUAGUGAUGUUGUUUUUAUAAUUUUCUAAAUUUCAUAUUUUCUUUUUUUUUUAUUGCAUAUGAGGCGAUUUUUUUUAUUACAUAUAUAUUUACAUAUUUGAUUUUUUUUAAUACAUAUAAAUCUGCACCUUAAUCAUGGGAAACAAAAGCCUUUUUGAUGAUUUUUAUUAGGGCGAGGACGAGAGGAAAGAUAGUAUAUUAUUAAUUUCUGUGUUAUAUUGUAUUAAUUUAAAUAAUUUUUAAAAGAAAACAAUGAAUAAUGACAUUUUUAUUUUUUUAGGUCUGAAAUAAAAAAAGUUACAGUUCUUCAAUUUUAUAAAAUAACACAGGACUAUACUAUUAAGUAUCCAAAUUUACCUUGUUUAAAUGUUGCUUUGAAUAAAAAAAAAGCAAUUCCAAUUGAAGUAAAUAUAAUACGUUUAAUCCUAUUAUUUAUAAGUUAUCUAUUUAUUAAUAACAUUAGUGUUUUGGAUGUUGUACUUGUAAGUGAACUGUUUAAUAAUAACGUUAUUGCGACAGGGUAGUUAAUUAUACUAUUGAAAAAAAAACUGAUCUUUUAAAAUUGAAUUGUUUUUUUCUUAUGAAAUAAAAGUACUUUAGAAACAAUACAUUUUCAUACUUGUUUUAGUAAAAAUAGCAAAUAAAUAUUGCAUUGUAUUAAAUAUUUAAAAAAAUGCAAUACUUAGUAUUAAGAUCAACUUGUUGUUAUGGCCCACUAGCAAAUUUCACAUUUGCCAUUUAUUAUGAUCUACAUGAUUCGCUUGGCUUUAUUUAAUUAACAAUUUUUAAGUCAUGAUCGUUUUUACAAUUUUAUAUCCACAUAUUGGACUUGUUUAAUAUAAAACUCUCAGUUGGCUAAAAAAGCUGGCUGGACCUGGUAAAAGCCCUUUUUUGUGAGUUUGUUAUUAAUUAUUGUUUAAUUCUUAGUUUUUAAUUUCUUAAUUAAAUUAAUUAAAUUUCUUAAUUCUUAAGUAAUUUAAUAUAGCAGACAUUGAAUAAAUUGUGUAAUCGUCCAUUUUGAAUUAUUAAGAGGGUAUUAAAUUCAGGAAUAAUUUGUUUUUGGGAAACUUAUUUUUUUUCUUUAAUUUUAAAUUGUUUAAUAUUAAACUUAAUCAUUUAACUGUUCCAACACCAUAGCACUUUUAAGAACUCACUGUACUUAUUAUAUUAUUAUAAAUACUCAUUGUAUUUAGUUUGUUGAAUAAUAAAUGAUAAAUGUUCAAACAGUUAUUUUUCAAUUGAAAUAUGUGUUGCUGUUUGUUAUAGUUAUGCACUGUUAAAAAGGGACAAUCACGAAAUAUAAAAAUAACAAAAUUUCCAUCAGUAAAAUUUGUGAAAAAUGCAGCUCAAUCACCUAAUGAGGGGCGAAGCAAUAUUAAAAAUGAUACCAAAUACAAUGAUGAAAAAGUCUUAAACAAAUUUGAUAUCAAGGUUCACAAAAAAUUGGCCACCAUUCCUGCAAGAGUUUUGGAUCAACCUUCUUUAGCAUAUUUUCAAAAUAAGGUAUGCUUUAAUUGUUUAAAGGAAGCAACACGUGCAUUUAUUGACUGCUUUUUAAAAUGCAGUAUGUCAUAUUAAAUUUGUGGACUGUAGUUCAAUAUGAUAUCCUUCAUAUUUUAUUUUUGAUUCAAUAUGUUAAACAAAGACACAAAAUUUACAAUUUGGCCAAAAAUCUUGUUUUAUCUUAAUUGAUUUCUAAUUCGUAUACAGUUAAUAAUACUUGGAAAAUGAUUGUCUUUGUUGUUUAUAGAUAUUAUGCAUGAAAUUUGUUUUAAUUAAAUGAAUUGAUCUAUAUAAAAUACUUCCCGGAAUAGAAGCGUAGGAACUAUUUUUCAUAUGUAAGUGAGGCAAAAAUAUAAAUGAUAUGAAUAUCCAUAGUUUCACCAUCUAUAAUAUAUGUUUCCGAGAUCCGUCUCCGCCUCAUGAUAAACAUGUAAAGUAAGGGAUCACCUCCUCUAUCUGUGAUAUUUUAGAUUUGGCAUUUAGAUAGGGAUCUAUUAGUUUUACUAACUAUUAUAUUGUGUAUUUUUUUUUUUAUUGUGUCUGUAAGUAUCAUUUCUACUAGAAAACUUGUUCCAAAGUGUCAAGUGUAGUACUUUUUCUGAAAGGUAGUUUUUUCUAGUUGAUGCAUUGAUCCGAUCAUUUUUUUGAUUUUCUAAUUAUCUUGAUUUUCGAAAUAAUUGGGAAAACUCCGAAAAAGAAAUUUAUAGGUAAACCAGCAAAUAUUUAUAACACGCCGCUGCGCUACCAUUUUUAUUGUUUUGAUUUUCUUUGUAGUUUUUUUUUAAUAAAUGAGCAAAACCGUAAAAUACGUUGGAGAACGUAGGAGCUGUAUGCUGCAAGGCUGAGGAAAUGUACAAAAAUAAUUCUUUCAUUAUUUUAAACAAUGUUAAGUAUAACAACCCUUAAACGAAGGGGUUAUAAAUUAUAAUAUUAGUUUGUUUCUAAUACUAGUAUUAGUGUAUUUAAAUACAAUGAAAAUUACCGUCUCAUGAUCUAAAUACAUUAGCACAAUAAUGAAUUUUUACACUUUAUCAUAACCUAGAAGUCUCAGAUUCAAAACACAUAAAUUUUUUUGCUAGGCAUCUAUUGAAAUUUUAUUGGUGAUAUUAUCAUUUUUUGAAAAUUGAAUUGUUGUACAAAAUGAAAUUGGCCUUCAUUUAAGCAACAAAAUUCGUUCUACUCGUUCCAGGCAUAUAAAAUACCGCUAUAAAAAAUUUUUAAAAUAUUUUCUCGAAAAUAUACUAUUAUAGGUAACAUAACAUAAUAUGGUGUUACUAUAACAAUUCAGACAUUCAAUGUUUAAAAAUUUAAAAGUAGAAUUGUUGACAAAAUCAUUAAAUUUAAAAAAAAAAAAUAUUUAUCAAAUUUUCCAAUUUAAAUUAAAAACAUGCAAGGAAUAUUAAAAUAUCUCAAUAAUCCAUUGUUAAACACAACUCUUCCUAAUGUUGAAAUUGCAUUACAAAUAUUCAGUUGUAUGUCAUGAUUUAAUGCAAGUGGGGAAAGGUCCUUCUGUUUUAAAGAGAGUGAAAAAACUAUUUGCAGUCAUUGUUAGCAAACGAAAAACAUCAGCAUUAUCAACAAUAUCUAUUAAAUAUGAAGUUGUAAAGAAUAUAAAUUGAACAAGGUUAGUUAUCAAAUUCACAAAACUCAGAGCUCGAAAAAACAUUUCUAUCAAGUUAUUAUAAAUCACUAUUAUUAUUAAAUAUUUCUAAUAAUAAAUGUUUUUAUAUAUUUUUGACAUUUAUUAUAACUACUUCAUAAAUUGUUUAUUUUGAAAUUAUUGUAUAAGAAAUAUAAUAUAACCAAAUAAAUUAUAAGUGUUGUCAAUAAUUUACUAUUUACUGUUAUUAGGUAUUAAUUUUUUUUUUUUUUUUAGCAUUAAAUAGGGUAAAAAAUAAUGUUCAGUUUACACUAGAUUAUUAUUAAAUGUAAAACAGGACUAUGUAUUAUACCUAAUAUGUUUUAUAAUAAAUAUUAUGUGUAAAAAAUAUAGGAUAAAUGUUUAUGACAUGUAUAAUAUCAGACUAGGAAGGGGCGUCAAAUAUUAUUGCCCUGAGACCCCAAUGAUAGUUAGCAUGGCACUGCAUAGCCACUUGAAAUAUUAAAACAAAUCUUAUACUUGGUUUUCUAGACUUGGUAAAAUUUUACUCUUGUAUUAGUGUUACUAAUACAAUUUAAAUUACAAUUACAAUUUUAAUUAAUUGAAUAUUUAAUCAAAGUAAAUUGCAAAUAAUAAUUUAUGAUCCAGUUUACAUUGUGACAUGUUUUAUAUACGUGCAUAUAUUAUAUGCAUGUAUAUAUAUAUUGAUUUUUGAAGAAAAAAAAAUCAGACACCCCAGAUCAGUUCUGAAUAACAAAACAAAUUUUUUUCUUAUCUCAAUGUUUUAUAAAAACAUGUAUAUUAAGUAAUCAAUAUAAUAUCUAUUAUCUAUUUUCUAAAAAAGAAUUCAAUGUUAAAUCCAAAACAAUAGUAAUCAUUUUUUCUUUGUUAUGAAAACUUGAAAAAAAUUAUUAGAACUGAUAUAGGAGCACCUGAAAUUUGUCCCCAAUAAAACAAAUUAAAGGAUAAAUGAUCAUCUUAUAAUACAUAUUAUAUGCAUCAAAAUAAGUUUUGGUUUAUCAUUAAAUAUCAUUUAAUAUUAAAUCAGUUACCUAUAACAUUUCUUUUCUACUUUACAUAUAGUUUAGUCAAGAUACAAAUAAAUUUGUAUCAGUAUUUUUAAUAAAAAAAUACUCUUUUUAGACCUAAAAUAACUAUUUAAUUAUUUAAUAUCAUUUUACUAAAAUAACAAAUUAUAUUAUAAGACCACAUACUGUUUGCCUCCACGUUUUCCCCUCUUGCCUAUCAAUUUUUUUGGAAUAUAUAAUAAUUCUAUAAACUAGUUAAAAUUGAUUGAUUAAAAUGCCUACGUAUAAACUUUAUAUAAAAAUAAUAAGAACCUUCAAUAUAAUAAAUUGAUUUUAUGAUUAUUAUUUUUUUACAGGAAAUUAUACCCAAGGCUGGUGUUUGGAAUGCUGAUAAAUUUUCCAAGGCUGUAAAACUUACGGAAUGGAUCGUGAUCAAUUUAGAUGCACAAACUAGUAUUACUAGUAUUAAGUAAGUUAAUUAUAUAACAUAAAAUUGUUAUGUUUAAGAAAAUAUUUCUUCGAUUGUAUUAUAUUCUAGACAAUUUGAAAAGAUGCUGAUAAGAAGUGGUGAACAAUAUAAUCUUAUGAUAAGUCCAAUGAAACCUGUGGUCACUAUAGCUUUGGAAAAACAUGCUAUUCAUGACUACGCCGAUGUUUUUCGGAGGUUUUUAAAUGAAGCAAAAGAAUUUGUGUGCCGAUUAGAAAUAGUGAUAGUGGUUAUUCCAGAUCAUCCUCAAGGAAUGUAUGGUAAAUAAUAAAUAAUAAUACUAACACUUUCUAUACAAUUUGUAAUCUUAAUUUAAAUUUAUUUUAACAUUAUUUGAUUAAAUCAAAUGAUUUAUGUAUUAAACAAUCAUUUUAGUUCUCUAUUUUGAAUUGUUGUAAAUAAUUACUAAAUAACCAAAUGUAUUAUAUUUUUUUUAGCUAUAGUUAAACAAGUAGCAGAAUUGGAAGUUGGUAUACUCACACAGUGCAUUAAAGCUACGACUUUGUCUGAACUGAAUCAGCCUAUAUUGAAAAAUUUAUUGUUAAAAAUAAAUACAAAAUUAAACGGAAUCAAUCAUACGUUGUCUGAAAAUAGCUGGUAAUAUAUAUUUUUAACUCUAUUUAAAAAAUACAAAUUACUUUUACUGACACAAAUAGUAUAAAGCAUAGUACAAAUAAGGGAAGUCUAUAACUGACAAGACUACAUUAUUAAAAAAGAUAAAAAUAUAAUUUCGGCAUGUUAAUUUAAAAAGUAACCAAAUAUUAAAAAUUAAGUUAUAGUACAAUAAUUCAAAAAUUGUAUGACUUAAUCACAUUUUUAUUACAGUCAAAAAUCAGAGAAUAAUAUUUAUAUUAAUUGCUCACAGUUAUUAAAAAUUUAAAGAAUUUUAGAUCUUAAGCAAAGUGAGGAAUGUGUUAAUUUGUAUAUUGUUGUUGUUUUCUAGAUUCUGAUUAUAGCAAAGAAUGUAUUGGUUUUAUAUUUAUAUUUAUUUUUUUAUACUGUGUAAAAAAAUUCUAACAGAAAUCUUGCUACAAUUUAUAUGAUAUAGACCCUUUUCUGAAAGGAAAUCUUCUUAAGGCGGUAUCUUAGGGAGCUAAUUUUUCGAUUUUCAAAGAGUUUUUUCAUUAAAUCUGAAAAACCAUGAAAAAACAAGUAAAAAAUGGAAAAAUGUAGGAAACCGGGAAAAUCAGAACUAUAUUAAACAAAUAGUAUCAAAAAAAUAUAUAAUGAUUAUUUAAUUAUUUUACCAUAAUAUGACAUAUAUUGUUGACAAAGCAUCACUAUCAACUGAAUUUAGCUCAGAAUAGAUUUAGUAAGCAAUGGUUUAUAAUUACUUGUAUAGAUACAAAUUAAUUUCCUCUUUAUAUCCUACCUUCCCAGCUUCUCAUCAACAAUAGUGACUGUACCAGUCCCCAUUAUCUUAGGACAACUUUUUUUUUUAACAAAAUUUCAACCCAAAUCCUCCUUCAAUGUAUCAAGUGUAGCACCUUUUAUAAAAGGGAAUUUUAUCUGAUUGGUGCUGUAGAACAUCAUUUUUUGGUUUUUAUAAUAAUUGGGAAAAACUAGAAAAUAAGCUAUUUAUAGACAUUUUAAUUUUGCAAGUUUUUAGGGAAUUUUAUUAAAAUGUAUUUUGUGGAUAAAAUUAUUGGAUCUAACAGAAAUGCAUUCAUUCGUUCAUUUUAGGUUGUAAUUUUUAGUGAUCAACAAGAAAAAGUUAAAGUUAUUGCUGUAUUUUAUUUUUAUUAAAAUUUUUUAUGAAAAUCGUAAAUAUUAUAGCGUUUUAAAACUUGUAAAACUGAACUCUGCUCAGAAUCAUUUUUCGUUAGGAAUGAUUAAUCGUUGCAUACAAAUAUAUAUAUUAAAUUCCCCUCUAUAUCCUACCUUCCAAACUUCCCACCUAUAACAGCGGCCCACCAACAUGCAAAGUAUGUCUAUCUUUUUUUUAUUUAUCUUUAAAUAAUUACUUGAUCCUUAACACUAUAAUACCACUAUUUUUUUUUUAUUAAGUUAAAAAUUAAAAAUAGGUGCAUACUUCGCUCUAUUAGUAAUUAAAGUAGACCACUGUUGUAGUUGAGAAGUGGGGAAGGUAGGAUGUAGAGGGGAAUUUGAUGUAUAUCUGUAAGCAAAGAUUAAUCAUUCUUAUCGAAAAAAUAUUCUGAGCAAAGCUCAGUUUUCAAUAUUGCUUUUUAACAAUAUAUAUGUCAUAUUAUAGAAAAAUAAAUAUAAAUUGAAAGAAUGUGUAUGGACUAGUUACUAGAUUUGUUCCACAAAAUUGUUCAUUAAAAUAAUUUUCGUCAAAAUUUGAUAUUAAAAUUCUUAUAAAAAAAUAUACUACACUAACUUCAAUUUUUUAUGAAUGUAAAUAAUAAUUUCUAAAUAGAGAUCAUUGCAUCAACAAUUAUCAUAAGAAGAAAACAAAUAUACAUUUUUUUUUUCAAAUUAAAUUUUCUAAAUGUUUCAUCUCUUUUAGACUUUUAGAUUAAUUUUAGAAAAGUAAAUUUUUGAAUAAUUUUAAUGAAUCAACCCCUUUAAACACCCUUAAAUAUACUUUUAGUUGCUAAAAAUAUGUUUAACUUAUUCUCCAUUUAGUUACCAAAAGAGUGGUUUUAUUUGUGUUGUGAGUUAUACAUGGUAUGACUUCAAAUAAAAUUAUUUUUUUAUAGUUCAAUUGUAAUAGUCCUUUUACAGUAAAGUGAUAUAUGAUGUAGACUGUAGGUACAUAGCCAAGUAUACAUAUACAUUUUAUAUACUUAUGUAUAGUUAGUAGGAAGGGGGGUCAUGAAAUAAAUUAAUUUUGCGGGCCGUGGACCAAAAACUGUUGUGCGCCACUGAUCUAAACAAUAUUUCCUUUCAGAAAAAGUGCCACAUAUCGGAGCAAGAUUUCUGGUAGAAAUUUUUGACCCAAUAUAUAGUAAAAAUUAAAUUAAAAAAUAAAAAAAAUCUUUGUAAAACCAAUUCAUUUUUUGCUACACUCAGAAUCUAAACAUUUUUUUUACAAAAUCCUAGAUUUUAUAAAUUUAUUUUGAUUAUCAAACAUGAAAGACAAAUCAUAGUGAACUGAACUGAUCUGAAUUAUUAAAUUUAUUUUAGAUUUCAGAUAUUCCUUUUUCAGCCUGUGUGUGAUACAUAAUGUUGACGAUUGAUGAUCUAUUCAGUGGAACUGUUAAAUUUAAUAUUAAAAUGAAUUUGUCUAUUGUAAAGUUCUUGGUUUGUACAUUGAUUUUUUUUUCUUGAUAUUUUAAUUUUUAAGUAAGAUACGAUUAUUUAUUAAUUUUAACAUUUCGCAUUCUCAUAUCUUACUUAAAAAUUUUAAUUAAAAAAAAAAAACAACUGGCCUACAAUCACAAAUGUUACAUUUAGGUUUGAUAAUGAGCCAAUUUAAUAUAGUAUUAAAAUAACAGCACAAAUUAGUUCUACUGAAUAUAAAUUUGACAUUAUAGAAUAUAUUAUCUUCUUUAUAGGUAUAUCUUUAUAUAUAUAAUUCUACUGUACGUGUGUAUGUCACUGAACUUCUCCUAAACGGCUGGACUGAUUUUGACGAAAUUUUUUAUGUGUUUGAAUGGGUCCCUGGAUGGUUUAUAUUCACAAUUGGACCCGAUAUGUGGCAUUGCAAGGAUAGUUCACACAGAGUAAUUGGUAUUUUUUGUACAGCGAUUUUUUUUUUUUUUUGUUGAUUUAUGGGUUACCUUGGUGAUACGAAUGAAAUUAAAAAACCAAAAAAUGAAUAAUUAGUAAGAUAUUCCGCGUAAGUUCUCCCAAAAUUGAAAUGUUCAUUCAGAUAGAAAAUGAAUAAAUAAAGAUUCAUCAGAGGGCACCAAGAGAGUGGUACAAUCGAGUUAAUAUUUUUUUAAAUAUAAAUUUGAAUAUAUCGGCAAAUACGCACAUUUAUAUUAUAUAGGUGUGUAUAAAUUAAUUGAUAUUUUUUUGCCGACACCAUAACUUGAAAACGGACGGACCGAUAUGCCUGAUUUUUUUGUCGUGUAUUCGUAAGGUUAUUAUGAAAGACGAUUUUUGAAAAAUCUACCGGAAAAGUUUGAAAUUUAGAUGGUAUUCAAGUUAAUGCAACACCGACAAAAUAUCGAUCCAUUUUUAUACAUACAGAUUAAUAACUGAAUUAUUAACUUUAUAUUAAUAUAAAUUGUCGGUCAUGUUCACAUGAAGGUAUAAAACAAACACCGUGCCGUCUGCGAACGACAAUUAGCUAUAAUAUGGUACACGCACUUUUCCGCUGUCAAGCAUCCCCAUUCCCUGAUAAGUUAAAUUAGGCUUAACUUCCUUUGAAAUCCAUCAACCCUCCCCCCCCAAUUUAAAAAAUAUCGAAGUUUCGUUAUUUUUCGUAUGAAAAUCAUGAAAAAAAUGUCAUAAUAGAACACUUAUUCCGUCGAAGUUGAACUACUCACUUUCUACCUACUUUUUUGAUUCAUUACUCACACGGUCAAAAACAAAACUAAAAAGGAAUAGGGGUAAAAAACAAUAGAAAAUUGGCAACGCUGGGCGGGACAGCUAUAUUAGCUGCAUGUUCCGUCGGGAUAUUUAUCUAUAAUGUAACUAAAUGGCUGGAUCGACUUGAAUGAAUUUGUCCCAAUCACUUGAAAUAUCAUGCAGAACAACGUCUGUCAUUCAUUCAUUCAUUUUGUGUAUGUAUUCAUUCAUAUCGCAUUUGCGUAAAUAUUGAGCAUUAAUUUACGUGCAUUAAAUUAAGUUACAAUAGUUACAUAGGAUUUCGUUUUUUUUGAUACUUCAAGAGAUUAGGAUAUUAAAUAAAGUAUGAAAGACAAAUAAUAUAAUAAUUUCAUUAUUCUUUAUUUUGAAAUAACAUCAAUUUUUCUAAAAAGUUACAUACAUAAAACAAUGUCACGUCUUCGUGGACGAGGAGGAAUUAUUGGACGGACUCGGAAUUCACAAUCAGUCCAGAACCGUCGGUUAAAUAGAUCGGCAAAAGAUCAAUUGACGGACAAUGAAAAUUUAAGAAACCAGGCGGCAAUCACACGUACUAAUGAAAGUCAAGAGUAACGCAAUGAACGCCGUCGAGCUAAUGCAUUGAGACAAAGACUGGCCCAUCAACGAGUCAUCGACACAUUAUAAAAUAAAACUACUAUAAUUUUUAUUUACACUAUUCAAAUUUCACAAUAGAACACAUUUAGGCCGCCGCAGGUGGACUACCCAUUUUACACCUAUUUGUUUUCAUUCAAUUGUAACACGGCCAAAACCAAAAAUGAAUAUGGGUAAAAUAAUAAUAAUACAAUUUGGCACGGGCAAUUCCGGGCGCGGGACAACUAGUUUAUAUAUAUAUGUUUCUUCAGUCCUUGUGUAUGUAAUUGAAUUCCUCUUAAACAACUGGACCGAUUCUGAUGAAAUUGUGUGUGUUUAUUUGAAUGGGUCCCUGGAUUGUUUACUCACAAUUGGACCUGAUAGGUGAGGCGUUGCAUGGGUGGGCUGAAACAGGGUUAUUGGUAUUUAUAGUACAGCGAUAAAAUUAUUUUUGUUGAUUUAUAGCAGGGGUGGUCAACCAGGAUCAAGAUCGGUUUAAAUGUCAAUCUCCCUUCGUUAGAACUCAAUUUUAUAUAAUUAAUAGAUAAAUUACAAUAACUGCUUAUCAUUUUUAUCUUAAUAUAUUAAUAUUUUGUUGUCGAUUUAUCAAGUAAUACUAUUAAAAAGCGUUUACACUGGAAAUUGUAUGUAGAAUAUUAUAACAAUCUUAAUAAAAGUGUGAUAAAUAACAUUAUUUAACUAUACAUUUUAAUUUAUUGUACAUAUAUGUUUAUUUUUAAUACCUAUUAGAUAAUUUAUAAUUUUCAUCAGGAAGUCAACCUUCAAAGGAAAAAUAUAUUCUUAGUAGAUCUCUCAAAAAAAGUUUGGCCACCCCUUAUUUAUGAAUUACCUUGGUGAUAUAAAUGAAAUCAAAAAACAAAAAAAUAAAUAAAUAGUAAAAUUUAGAACAGUUCUGAUAUCAUAUGUAUCCAUAAUAAUAGCAAAUUGAUGAUAAAUAAAAAUAAAGGUCUGUACGAAAGAAAAUUUUUAGAAAAUCAACCAAAAAGUUAGAAAUUUGGAUGGUAUUCAAGUUAUGGAAUUAUUAACAAAAUAUCGAUUCACUUUUAUGUACCUAUAAUAUCUAUGUAUAUAGUUUAAUAAUAGAGUAAUUAAUGUUGUAUUAAUAUAAAUUGUCGGUAAACACACACAUAAAGGCAUAAAAGAAACUCCUGCUGUCUGCACCAAUAUUAUAAAUAUGGUCACACUCUCCCACUGUCCAGCAUCCCCACUCCUCGAUAGGUUAGAUUAGGCUUCACUUCCUUUGAAAUCCACUUCCAUCAAAUUUUGAUUUUAAUAUACUUAAUAUUUAUGGUAUAAAAAUCAUGAACAAAUGUCACAACAGAACAAUUAUUUCUACUAAUUUAUUCCCAUUAAGUACUGACACAGUCAAAACCAAAAAGGAAUAUGGGUAAAAAAAAAUAAUAAAAAAUUAGCACAAUCAAUGACAGGAGGGACAGCUAGUAUAUUAUAUAUUAUACAUUUAUAUAUAUUUAACCAUAACUGUGAUUUAGCCCUAGCAGCAUGAGAGAUGCAAUUAUUUUUGGAGUAGAUAUCAGCCAUCCAUCUCAAGUUAAAGAAAAUAUUCCAUCGAUUGCUGCUGUGAGUAUAUUUCAACAAGUAGAAGAACUAGUUCAAAAUUAUUCAUUCAAGUUUUUAUGAAGUUUUAAUUUUAUUGUAUUAAAUAAUAUAAUAAAUUAUUUACUUACAGUCACCUUUUUUUAUUGGAGUAAUCAAAUAUAAAUUUAUUAGAAUUGGAUAAUUUGUUCAAUGUUAUCAUUAACAUUUAAAAUUUAAUUGUAUUAUAUUUAUUCUGGUUUAAACUCUACAAUAGUAAAGCUUUUGAGUUUAUUUUGUAGAAUGCUUAUAUGUUAAAAAUCUCAGAAGUUAAUAAGAAGAAUAACAUAUUGAUCUCGUUUCAGUGGGGAUGAUUAUUGACAUAUAAUAUCUUAGUAAAUUUAGUCUUAUUAUGACAUGUUGAAAUAACUAAUAAAUUUCUUUGUUUUUACUUGGUACAAUUUUCUCAUUAACAUAAAAGUAGUUUUGAUUUUUAGAUUCUUAGUGGAACAAAGAAGCUUAUGGUUUUACAACAAUGUUUAUUUAUAUUUUUUUUUAUGAACAACUUUUCUACCACAGAACUUGCUCGGAUUUUUAAGUGUAGUACCUUUUCUGUACGGGAAUCAGUGUGGGGAAGUACCUUAAAGAAGUCCGUUUUCCGAUUUUUUCUGGAGUUUUCUGAUCAAAUGUGAAAAACUAGUAAAAAACAUAGGAAAAACGGUACAACAUUAAACAAAUAUUAUUAAAAAAACAUGUAGAGCCUAUUUAAUUAUUUUAGUAUAAUGUGGCAUAUAUAUUGUUGAUAAAGUAUCACUAUCAACUGAAUUCUGCUCAGAAUUAUUUGUUCAUAAGCAAUGGUUUAUUGGUGCUUACAGAUAUAUAUUAAAUUACCUAUAACAGCGACUGCAACCAUCUCCAUAUUUUUAGAUUCUGAACUUUUGGUUAGUUUUACUUUAUUAUGUGUAGUUUUUUAAAAAUUACUUUCACUUUUUGUAACUAUGAACAUCUUUUCUGCAAGAAAACUUGUUCUAAAGACCUGAAGUAUAAACUAUAGUACCUUUACUGAAAACUAAUUUUCUCUUAUUAGUGUAUUGGGAGACACAUUUUCUGUUUUUUCAAGGGGUUUUUGAAAAAAUUGAGAGAAACCAGAAAGAAAACUAUAGGUAAAACUCAAAUAUUUAAAAUGUGCCACAGUAUUACAGUUUGCAUUGUUUUUAGUAUGUUAAUAUGAUGUUUCCUACCAGAAAUAUUGCUACAAUCCAAAAUUGACCAGAGAUCAAUUUCCUUUUAACACAUGAUAUAUAAAAUAUAAAUUUAAAAUUAAAAUUCAUAAUUACUCAUUACUUACUAGUUUAAUAAAUUCAAUACACACAAAUCUGUUCAGUGGGGCCAAUUAUCUUUUUGAAGAAAUAAUCAAUAAUAAAAAUAAUAAUAAUACUAAUUAUUAAUCAUUAUAAAUUUAUAUUUUAUAAUAUCUAACAUGUUAUGGAUAGAGAAAGAGAUGUUUUGAUAACCAAAGUAGUUUUCACAAAAAUUUGGAAAAUCAAAAAAUUAAAAUUAAUUAUUAUUUAUGGCAAUGUGGCUUCCUGAUUUAAUUAUUUUAAUUUUUGCAAACAAUUUUUUGUUAGUAUUUUUCAUAAUAAUUAAAAAAAUACCAUAAAAGAAGAAAAAUACAAAUUUUUGAAAUUAUGGCACAACAAUUUCUUUAUUUUAAAUUUGUAUGGCUGAUGUUUUAUAUCAUAAAUAUUGAUCUAAUAGAAAAACAUCAAAAGAGAAAUGUAUAUCUGAACUGUGUUUUGAAUCGUUUUUCGGUAUCAAUGGUUCAUUGUUGGUUACAGGUAUAAACUUAACUAUGUUUCCCAUCUUCCUCACUACCCACCUACAACAGUGAUCACACCCAUCCACAGUAUCAGUUUUUUUUUAUUUGGUUUUUUGGACAUGGAAAUUUUGGAAAAUAAAAAUUGUUUUCAUCAGGUUAAAUUAAAACCACAGUUCUAAAUUUGAUAAUUCCCAGUUCAAAGUUUGGAAUAACUAUCAAAUAGUUAUAACUUAAUACAAAAUUACUUAACUAGUGUUAAUUAUAUUUUUCUAUUGUAUCUCAGGUAGCAGCAAGUCAUGAUUUAUUUGGAAUCCAAUACAAUGUGGAAUGGCGCUUACUAAAGCCUAAUGAGGAGAUUAUACACGAUUUAGAAAACAUAGUUCACAAACAAUUGCUCAUGUAUAUGGAUAAGAACGGCAUUCCUCCAAAAAAAAUCCUUUAUUACAGGGAUGGUGUUGGUAAUGGACAGCUUCCAGAAUUGUUAAACUAUGAGAUGAUUGCUAUCAGACGUGCAUGUUUACGGUUAAAUAUGAAGUAUCAACCUCCUAUAACAUUUUUGGUUUUACAAAAACGAAAUGGUACUAGUAUGUUCCCCAUACAUCCAAUAGAUAAGAAUGGAAAAUCUCAAAGUUUUCCAUCUGGUACAAUUGUGCACACCCAGAUAACACAUCCUACAAAAGCGGAUUUCUACCUAUGUAGUCAAGUUAGUUAUUAAUUUUAAUUGUAGUUAUUAAUCAUGUUUUUACAAUUUUAAACUCAUAAAUUCUUCCAUUUUUAAAUUAUUUAUUAUAUUUAUAAAGGAUACAUCUAGACCAACCGGGUACCAUCUUAUUUGGGAUGAUAGCAAUUUCUCAGAAGAUGAAUUAGAACAACUUACUUUCUACUUGUGUUUUGUUUUGGCUCGAUGCACUCGCUCAAUUUCACGUCCAACACCGACAUACUACGCUCAUUUGGCUGCUAAUAGAGCACGCGUUUAUAUUGAAAAGUAAGUUAAUAUAGUUUAAAAUAUUAUUUUCUUAAAUAAUUUUGAAUGUUUUUUUUUUUCUUAAAGCAAAUAUAUAAAUCUCAAAAAUUUGGAGGAGGAACAGAAAAAAAUUCAACUAAAUGACUUAUUAUCUAUUGAAACUCCUAUGUUUUUUACUUAAUUAACACUUAU